CUGAGAGACUACGGGCUCUGUGCUGCCCUGGGAGCCUACGUUAUAAGUGUUGGCCUGAGAGACUACGGGCUCUGGGCUGCCCUGGGAGGCUCCGUGUGGCUAUAGUCUCAGUGCUGCCCUCAGAGGCUGCGUGUUAAGUUGCUGUGAAUACUGGGUAAAAUGUACUUACAUUGUUUUCUUCAAAGGUCCUAAGCACCAUUCUGAACAUGUAUAGAUUAUAAAGAAUAGAAAAAAUGCGAGGAAUGCUGCUAUAUCGCUUUCCUUAUCAUGUUGUAUGCGAAUAACAUUAAAAUAUGACAUGACAUGUCAGACAGCUUGUGUGCUCGCCAACAAAGUCUAAUUUUCAGUUAUCCUUGGAAUAAAUUCAUGAAAUUAUUACAAUCAUGAUUAUCUAUGGAGGGUGCUUCCAGCAAGUUAUUACAAGCAUGAUUAUCUAUGGAGGGUGCUUCCAGUAAGUUAUUACAAGCAUGAUUAUCUAUGGAGGGCUGCUUCCAGUAAGUUAUUACAAGCAUGAUUAUCUAUGGAGGGUGCUUCCAGCAAGUUAUUACAAGCAUGAUUAUCUAUGGAGGGUGCUUCCAGUAAGUUAUUACAAGCAUGAUUAUCUAUGGAGGGCUGCUUCCAGUAAGUUAUUACAAGCAUGAUUAUCUAUGGAGGGUGCUUCCAGUAAGUUAUUACAAGCAUGAUUAUCUAUAGAGGGCUGCUUCCAGUAAGUUAUUACAAGCAUGAUUAACUAUAGAGGGUGCUUCCAGGAAAUAGUUGUGUAAUAGUUCUCACUAACUGCAUUUGGCCUUUAUAUAAUACCUUUUAUCCUGAACUCAGAUUGCAUCGCCACGUGUCCGUACUUCUCAAUAAUUUAAAAAUGUUUGGGAUCAUUAUUAUAUCAGAUAAUAUUAUAUUAUAAUUAAUUACUGUGAAUCAUUACACAAACCACAAACGAAAAGCUGUCCUAACAUUUAAAGAAUUGUGAAUAUGAAUAUAUUCAUGAAUUAUUAGUUAUAUUAUUAAUUAUUCAUUCUUUUGUACAUUUUUAGAAAGUAUAUUAUUGCUACACCAAUUGUAGGUUGAUAUAAUAAUGCGACCUAAUUUCAGGUAGAAGAAGAUGUGGGCGUCGUUGUGGUGGUGGUGGGCGGUUUGUAUAGGUUGUGUGGGUGGAGGGCGGCUACCCACCUCCCACCCCAUAAUGGCUAGCCUCAGAGAUACUCCUGUGUCGCCUAGACCUUCACUCAGGUCUCAGUGGCGAGGGGCGGCGACAGACCCGCGAGGGCGCACCAUACUGGAGAUUGCCUACGACUUCUGCUCCAACAGCCUCAACAACCUCCCCACAAAGCAAAUGGAAGCAGAGAGCCAGCAAGCAGUGAAACAAGUGUUGGGCGAGGAUCCUCCCCCCGGUGAUACUAUCUCCAUUAUGGUCCAAAUGGUCCACGACACCGCCACCGCCUACGUUCACGGUCUCCCGGUACCUCUGCACAACUGCACGGCAUUGAUGGCUGCUGCAGGUGUGGUGACGGUAAUGGUGGUCCACCCAGCCACCGCCCGUGUCAUCCGUAUGUACCACCACCCUGCCAACGCCCACGCACGCCCACUCCGAGCCUUCCUUGACACCCUCCAGCCCGGCCGCUUGCUCAUCCUUGUUGCCUCCGUGGUGUGGGCGGAGGUGAGUGUGGAGGAGGUGGUGAGGCAGCUUGGGGCCUCCAUGCCACCACAACCCACCUGGAGUCGGACGGUGUGGGUGUGGGUGGGUGUGGUGGGCGGAGGAACUCUCGGUCAAGUGGGCGGUUCUUGGCGGGUCUCCUUGGAGCUGUACUUGCCCAGAGCCCCAGAUGUUCCAUGGUGUGGGUCAGCUCUUCCGUCCACACUGGACGAGCCACGAUGGGCUUCUAGGGUGGAACUGUGCACCACUUAUGACGGCUAUGGAAACUGGUGCUUCUGUCCACCAUCACCAAUCCUACCCCCACCACCACCACUGGCAGCACCACCACUACCACCACCACCACUGGCAGCACCACCACUACCACUACACGCUCUCUACAACACUACAACAUCCAUGCCGCAGGCUAUGGCUGCUGGACUUGAAGACGCAGUGACUGUGGUGCUGGCCAGCAGACCGGAGUCUCUCCACAGACUGUUGGUGUCUGUGGCAGUGGCGGGGGCUCCUCUCUCCUCCGUCCUGGUCUUCGUCAGUGAACUCUCACACGAGGUUCUGAAGGUGUGUGAGAGUCACGGGGUGCAGGUGGAAGAGACGGGUCGAGCCUCGGACUGUACAGGACUCCAUAUUGCCCGCCUCUACGAGUCUGCACUCACUGCUUCUCUCAUCCUCAGACCCAAGGCUGACUACUUUAUCAUCCUCGAGGACGACAUGAUUGUCGCCCCCACCUUCUACAGAUGGAUGGGAAGAGGUCGGGAGGUGCUGAAGAGCAGUGAAGAGUUUGUGUGUGUGAACAGCCUGACCCAGUAUGACCUGUACACACACUACACCUAUCACAACCCUCACAGUCCAGAAGUCAACCAGCCUCACGGACUGGUCCACCAGGCUGUUGAGGCCAGGAAAGUGUCUACCAAGACUCCAGGCUAUGUUAGCAGAAGAUGGACUUCAAGAGGCACUGAGGGUGACAUCUCUGACGGCGCAGACGCCACGACCAGCAGCAGCGGAGGUUACCAUAACAAUCUUCAUACUAGCCACACAUCUUUAAACAACAGCAAACGCAAUUCUCCUUUCCUGCCACGCCAAAUUAAGCUAAGAGAGGCGUCUGCAGGAAGGACGGGUCCUCCGGUGCCGUCGAAGCUAGAGGCGUCCAUGGCUGCCGUAAGGAAGGACGAACCAUCCGUGGCAAGUAAUAUGGAUGAUAAGAAUGUAAAGGCAGCCAGGGAGGGCAGCCAAAGGUCUGGGGUGAGGUUGAUGGCUGGGUGGGCAGCAGCCCGGACCGUAGUGGAAGCAUUGAUCAGGUCCUGGCCUCUGGCGAAGCGAGACGUUGAUUGGGAGACCCUUGUGGACGUCUGGGCCGGCCCUGCACCCUGUCUCACGCCCGCACGCCCACAUGCCGUCCACGCCCGAGCCUCCCACCACCACACCCUGGGAGAUGACCUGCCUCCCAUCCUGUUAUGACCCCUCACCACACCCUGGGAGAUGACCUGCCUCCCAUCCUGUUAUGACCCCUCACCACACCCUGGGAGACAGGAUGCAGGCCACACCUCCUAACAAACCAAAUUACCAAUAAGCAAAA